GCUAAGUAAACCAGCUAACUUAGCCCCUGUGCUAACCCCUGUAGUAACCUGUCCACUGUCACGAUUCGCCGUUGUCCGGCCAAGUUAAGCGAAAUGUCGCUUGUUUAAAGUUGCUUCGACAAGACAAGAGAAAGAGAAAAAAGACCAAAAAACGGACUUUCUUGUUUGCCUUGAGCGCUGCCGUCGUGUUGAGUGAAAAGCUUGUGCGCUUUGUUGACACAGAGUGUGUUCCCCUCAGGCUCCUCCAACUCCUUCCUCCUGUCUGAUAUGUCAUCGCUGCUCGGCUACAGCAAAAGCCAGAGCUCUACGGCAGACGGUUGACAUCUGGUCAGUUGCUGUUGACAAGGAUGGCAGCUCAGGUGGAAGUUCAGACUGGGGAGGUUGGGAGGACAGUGGUGGGAGGACGACUUCACCUGAGUCCCCUGACUGACUCCAGCAAUAAGACCCUCAUGGAUAUCCCCUCCAUCAACCAGUCCCAUAUCAUCCCUUCAGAGCCUAAUAAGCCUGUUCCUGGCCCCAAACCACGGCUCACUCCCAAGCCUUUUGCUAUGGAGAAAAACCCCACUAUUAAGCCCAUACUUGCCCCUAAGCCCCACACUAAGCCCCGACCAGAGUCCACUCGCAUCGUCGGAUACAAACCAGACCUUCCAUGCAAUCCAAAACCACAGCAACCAGUAACCACUGGCAAACCCAGCCCUGUGUCAACCAACCCCAACCGUCCUGCCCCUACAGCCUUCAAAACAUCUACUAAGUUGAAUACUGGGCAAACAACCAAGCCUGUAGUCCAGCCGUUUAAACCAGCCCCUCCUCUUGACCCUGGAGACCCCAGCAAACCCACUCCCCCUAGGCCAGUAGAAAGACAAAAACCUAGUGCUUCAAGCUUGGCUUAUUCCAAGAGCCUUAAAAAACUCCCUGCAGCAGAGUGGUCUGGAACUACCAAAAACGAAGAGAAGGACCAGAUGACACCCAGUAAAGGUGGAGUGUCCAUUACCAGAGCCAAGUCCAUGGGUUUUCUCGCUCAGAUAGGCCAAGAGGAAGAGGAAAAAGAAGAAAGUAAACCGGAGGCAGCUGUGCUACUGCGACCCCAACCCAGAGCCUCAAGGCCCAGACCUGUAUCAGCUAUUUUCCUCAGCAGUCCAACCAAGACGGAAGCACCAGUUCCUGCCCCUCGCUGGACUGCGAGACGACCCCUUUCAGCCGAUCUUACAUCCAAGUUUGAGUCCAUUGGACUGUCACUACACCGUAAAACUCCCAAGGCAGACACUAAGGAGAACACUCCAGAAGAGAAAGCACUUCCGCAGAGGCGAGAGCAAGAGAAAAACCUGAAGAGUACCACACCACAAAGUACUGAUGUUGUUGCUAAACCUGUCAUCUCAGACCAAAGCAACAAAAAGAUAGAAGAAAUAAGUGAGAAAGAGACUAAUGGGGAUAAGCGUGUGGUUAGCAUCAAGUCACGAAUCAGUCUCCUCCUCGAUUCGUCCUCCUCUCCUGGGGCAGGUGUCACGGACCAAGUGUCUGAUGUUGACUCUCCAGUGCAGCCAGUCCCUGAAACUGAACCAGCUGUAGGUGUUAAACAGCUCAUCAAGCAACUGACAGUAGAUACACCGCCAACUCAGAGUCCCAUUAUGAAACCAUCACUGAAGCCUCGCCCUCUGCCCCUCGACCUUACUAAAAGGUUUUCAUCUGAUAGGUCGCCAGACCUUGCCAGUGUUUCCUUCAGUGAGGCAACAGAGCGCCAUGACAUCAGCAAAGAGCCUCAGAGGAGGACUGAAGAGUCAGCUAGCACCCCCACUGACCAGAGGACAUUGAUGGAUUUAAACGAUUACCAAGAGCCGCUCACAAAGGCCUCAAUGACUGAAGGUCCUGAGUCCGGACAGAUGUUUGGCGCCACUCCCAAGGAAAGUUGUCCCAGCGGUGAAGUGCAGACCGUACGGGCAUCCUUGUUUGAAAAUGUGGUGGAGAAGCACAGUGUGCUGAUGGUGGAUGAGGGUAAACCUGCAAACAAGGCCAAAGACUCGCUAAGCAGCCCAUCAUAUAGGAGAGCAAGUAGUGAGGAUGAGGGAACUCUGGUUACCGCUACAUACAAAGAGCCUGUAUCUCCGUCAGGUCCUCAACAGGUGAUACAUGCCUUCGACACUGUGCAGGCAGUGGAAGAGAGCAGGGCAGUGAGUGAGAGCAUCCCAUCAGCUCAGUGGGAGGAUAAGGCCAUGACUUUACGCUCCAGACGCUCAGAGGGGACCAGGCCGGCGUCAGAGAGGUCCGGUUUAGCACAAGCAGAACCAGCUUUGGCAGUAAUGCCAGACCAGCAGCCUCGAUAUCUGAGAGUUGGAUCUUUGCCGAAAUGGACCACUUCAGGUCUUGAACAUGACGCAGGCAUAGAGAAAGGGAUACUAAAGCAGUCACAAAGGGAAGGACAGGCGGCUUUGAAUAUAGACAGAGACUGGCAGAGAGAAGCAGAGCAAGAGGAAGUGGCUGCAGCUCCCAAACGUUUGAAAAUGCUGCAGGCAGAAGAACAGCCGAAACCCAGGGCGACCUACUUUGCGUUGACUGGCCAAAUACAGGAGCCAGUUUCUCCUGUAGAGGCAGGACCUGACAUAGGGGACACAGCUGCACCCUAUAGUGAUUUCUCUGUCAGGUCUGCACAGGGAAGCUCUCAAGGAAAGAUUCUUCCAGUUCGAAGGAAUCCAUCUUUAGAUGAAGCUUUUGGAAAAGAUCAAGCUGAGGAGUUAAAGAAGAGGGGCCACGUAUCACACGGGGAUGUCAGAUCAGCGUUAGACAGACAGAUGGAGGAAAUGAUGGAAGUAGAAAAGAAAAGAGAACUUAAAAACGAGGCUGAAAGACACAAUGGCAAAAUGAAAGAACUGGAGAGGGAAAAACAGAGACAGCUCGAAAUGGAGAAACAAUCACAUUUAGAAUUCGCACGAAUGAAGGAGAGGGAGAGGCAAAGAGAACAUGAACGACAGAGACAGAAAGCUUUUGAGAGGGAGCAGCAGGAGUUUGAGGAGAAACAACAUGCACUGGAUAGGCAGAAACAGCUAGAGCUCGAAAAACAGAAGAGGCAAGAGAUGGAGAGAGAGAAACAAAGAGAACUCGAAAGAGAGAGGCAGCGUCAGUUCGAGAAAGAAAAACGCAGAGAAGAGAGGCGAGAGUUGGAAAAGGCAAGACAGCGAGAACAGGAGAAGCAGAGACAGAGGGAGGAGGAGAUGCAGAGAGAGCUGGACAGGGAGAGACAGCUGCUGGAACUUCAAAAGGAAAAGCAGAGAGUGGAAGAGCUUGAGAGAAUGAAAGAGUUGGAGAGAAGACAGCUCUUGGAAUUUCAAAAACAGAAGCAGAAAGAAAAGGAGAGGCAGCAGGUGUUGGAACUCGAGAAGCAGAGACUCCGAGAGAAGAUGGAGAGAGAGGAGGCAGAAAAAAUGAAACAGAUGUCACUAGAACAGGAGAUGUUAAGACUGAAAGAGCUUGAUAAAGAAAGGGAAAGACAAAGGGAGAUGGAAAAGGAGGGUCUGAAGGAGAUGGAGAGAGAGAAGCUGAGAGAGCAGGAGAGACAGAGACAAAGAGAUUUAGAAAGGGAGAGACAGAAACAACUAGAAAUGGAGAGACAAGAAUUAGAGAACCAGAGGUUUAGACAGCGAGAACUCGAUAAGGAAAAGCUCAGGAAGGAGGAGCUGGAGAGAAUUAAAGAGAUUGAGGUAAGACAACUCAUGGAGUUUGAAAAACAAAAGCAAGCUGAAAGGGACAGACAACAAAUUUUAGAGUUUGAGAAACGCAGACUGAGGGAGAAGAUGGAGAGGGAGGAGGCAGAGAAAAUGAGACAACUAGCCAAACAGCAAGAAGCGGAGAGGGAGAGACGACAAAUGUUAGUGUUCGAAAAACGCAGACUGAAGGAGAAGAUGGAGAGGGAGGAGGCAGAGAAAAUGAGACAGAUAGCCAAACAGCAAGAAGCAGAGAGGGAGAAACAACAACAAUUGUUAGAGUUCGAGAAACGCAGACUGAAGGAGAAGAUGGAGAGGGAGGAGGCAGAGAAAAUCAGACAUAUAGCCAAGCAGCAAGAAACGGAGCGACAGCGACUAAAAGAGAAUCAAAAGAAAGAGGAGCAGGAGAGGUUGAGAUUGGAGUCAACACCUCUUCGGCCUAAAGUGGUGGAUUUGGACUCUGUGCUCCGAAACGAACCAUUUUUAAAGCCUACUUCUCAACGCAGCGAUCUUGCAACAAGAUGGAAGGAACCAUCUCCCAGAGCAGAGGAGUCCUACAAAUCUUCCAUCCUUGAUAUAGACUCUUUCACGUCUCAAUCUCAGCCCUCCCCCAGUAAAGACUUGUUUCCUGUUUCUAGUAUUCAGGGUGUAGACUCUGGGUUCGGGGCUUGGCUACAGCCUGAGAGGGAUGUAAGCUGGAAGGUGCCAGCGCAGACAGUCGGAUUCACAAGCCCAGCAUGGACGACGUCUCCACAAGACCCAUGGGAGCUGCAGCUUGUUGAGAUGUCUGUGGACAAACCAGUAGAUGAACCCAGAAAACACGCCAACAGACCUAGCCAAGAGCAACUCCUCCUCAGGCAGGAGGAACGCCUCACAGCUCCACAGAGACACUGGUCUGGUGUGUUGGAUGACCCACUUCACUUAGCACCUUUUGCUGGGACAGAGGCCAAAACUGGUGUUUCUCCUGGUGGAUUUUCUAGCAGCUCUACUGCAGACCAGAUCUGGUUACCCAGACAACCACAGCCUCCUGCAGACAGCAGGGUGGAGGUCCGGAGCCAGAGGAGAUCACAGGGAUCCCAGGAGCUGAACAGGAUGCGUUCCCGCAGUGUGUCACGGCGAUCGGCCCCUUCAAGCAGCGCUUUGGAAGGAAGCCUUUCCAGGAUGAGGAGUCGCAGCGCCCACAGAGAACAGGACCGCCACAGCUGGGUGCAGCAGAAGCAAAGUGUGAGCAGUGAGGAGGAGGGGAAGGGUUCAGAAACUCCAGUGCGUGACACUGACAGUCAGUAUGGGACCUGGGAGACGGGACUGCGCACUGACGACAGUCUGACUCCUGCUACUCCCAGCUCAGAGAGCAACUUCAGCUCUUCACCAAGAAAGCCCAGUCCAUUGCACACGCCAGGUGAACAUGCCUCGCUGUUUGAUACCGACACCCCGGAUGGCCUUCCUCCAUCAUCGUCAUCCGAGAACCAGCUUCUGCCUUUCCCCGAUGCCCCAACCACUCUGUUAGACAACAGCGCUCUCCGCUCCAGAGCCCAGCUGGGAAAGAAGCGAGCACCGCGGACAAGACCCACCAGAGCUGUCCGUCAGCAUGCUGCCCAGAGAGAGAGAGAGGGAGAGGGAGGAACCACUGGGGACUGGCUUUACAGAGACUCCACAGAGGAGAGGGUUGAGAGUAAGAACUAUGACUCGGACUCUGAGGAACAGGCCAGAGCAGACGCCAGCCCUGCUGUUGCUUCUCAGCCACAGAGGAUCGCCCUGUUCCCUGGAGUGGACCCUUCAGCUUUAAAGGCGCAGUUAAAGAAGAGGGGCGAUUCUGACAAUCAAAUUGACGGACCGUCUCCCUCCCCUUCCCAGCUCUCCCGCUCCCCUAAGUCCCCCUUCCUCCCACGGGCAGCGCGUGUACUGCCCCCACCUGGUGGGAAAGAAAAUGGUGAGGAGGACUCACCUCAGUGGUUGAAAGAGCUGAAGUCGAAGAAGCGCUUGAGUCAAUAUGAAAAUGAGAGCUAAAUAAAUAGUGAGGUUGCCUUAACAGAUGAAUCUAUGAGAAACAGAAGCCUUAACGUUUGACCCAGAGAGUAGGAGGGGUAAAUCUACCGCUGCUGAUGUAUUUUUUUUUCUGUUUGGGUUUUGUUUUGUGUUUUUUGUUCUCUUCCCAUCUGGGUCGAUAAAUGUGCAUGGUGCCUUUUUAUGGAGUCUCCGUCUUAUGGAAAAAGAAAUCAAGCAAGGAGAGAGGAGGAAAAAAACCCAUCAGACUGCUCUGCUUAUCCAUUUCAUGCUUGAAUCAGUGGGAGCUCUUUUGUACCAGGAGGGACUUCACAUGAACACUUUAAUAGGGACCAGGAGAAGUGUGGGUGGGGGCAGGGAGGACAAAAAGCUGAUGAUUUCCUGUCGAGCUGCAUUUCAGGAAAUGGUUAACUUGUGGGACCAUGACGCCUCUUCACCCUGGACGUGCUUCAUCGCGUGCUGGAGGACAAUCCAGCCUAUCCUCUACGAGAUGUUUAUAAUCUAGUUUCCUUCCUCGACUAAUGUGUAUAAGUUGGCCACGUCUGUGGUAUAUGUGCUUAUCAGUCAACGGAGGUUGUCGACGGAAUCACACAAGCGUCGCCAUAGGAUAACAUUUCAGUCACUAAAAGUCUUGAAUACAGAGAACAAAUCACCACUGACUUGAUGGUCAGUGGAAGCGUGUAUCAUGUUAGUAAUCAGAUGUUAUAUUUGUAUUAUUGUUGAUUUAACAAAGACAGAGAGCUAGUUUUGAAAAAAAAGAGAGCAUUAAGAUGCAUCACUACAAUAAAGGCUCCUACGCCUUUUACUUUGAUACACUCCACAGCCUAACAGUGUCACAAUUGCUGCAUACUAUGUAUCUUUUUGUCUCAUUAUCUAAUAUUUGUUUUUGUGGAAGAGAGAACGGGGGACUUUUGGCCAAGUGACUUUGCAUCUGUCAAUCAUGCACACACUUCUUAUCAGCACAAAUACACUCUUCAAUCAUGUAUGAAAACACUAAUCGACCUGUCUUCCUCUCACUUUUUAAUACAUUGAAUGAUUGUAACUGUAAGCAUCCAUUAAAAGCCAUAUUCAACUUGUAGAGCUCACAAUCCAUUUUAUUUCCAGAAAAUGUGCAAUCCCCCCCCCCUCUAUUUUGUUAUGUGCAUGCACAAUCUUUGCUGUUAAACCAGGCUUCGCUCAAACUGACUGGCCCAGAGUGUCAGGGUGUUGGCUCACACUACUCCAGCGCAGCGGAGGGAUGGUUUGUUCAAUACAUUGUUCAAAUGACUCUAUCCCUUCCGCAUCGCUCCAAACAAAUGUGACUAUUUGCACCUGCUUUACAGCUUCCUCUUCAUGUCUGCCAUCCACCCGCCGACUCUGAGCUUCUAUUAAGCACUUUUUCACUUGAUGCACUACAGCACUGACCUCUGCUACCCCCCCACCCCCCCACUUUCAUUGACCGUGUCCUCCCGUGUUUGGGUGAACUCAUCAGAGUGCUCAUGCAAUACAAAGUGAAUGUGUUGAUCGAGUCUUUUGGAGCGAUUGUCCCUGGUUUCUAUGUACAUGAUGUUUUACUUUGUCAUAAAUCUGAGGGUUUAUUUUUUAUGUCCUUCUUUGUCCUUUUUUAAUUUGAAAGUAAAGAUGUAUAUUACACUGUGUUGUACUGGCCAGUGUCCUAAAGUGAAUAAAUUCUUAAUAAAAAUUUACUUGACUUGA